AUGACUAAAUUAACACAGAAAGCUCAAUCAGCGUUUAUUUUAACACUUUUAAUAGCCUGUCAUAUCAUCUAUGGAAAAAUUUUUCCGUCUCUGAAAUGUGGUCCAGCUCCAGACACCCCCGAGAUUCAUCAGUUUCUCGCUUCCUCUCCAAUUGUUCUCCAUGCUCGAAUUCAAGAAAUGAUUCCGGCAAAAGGACCUGAAUUUGACUUAAUAGCCCUUAUAACUCAUAUUGUUAUUAAACCAGAUAAUAUGGACAUGCCAAAGAGGGUCAUUCUUCGCCGAUUCUUUCUGGCAGAUAAUGGAUCCUCAAUUAAUCCAUAUUCGGAUAAAUUUGGAUGCCUCGAAGUUUUCAAACCAUAUGCAAAAUACACCUUUCUUCUUGGAGAUACGGGAGAGACGAUUAGUCACCGUGGGAACCAAUUAGUUGUGCUUGCUCUGUCUGGACCUACUCUAACUUACAGCGAGAAAAUAAACCAGGAUAUUCAAAAAUUUCUCUGCAAAUCGUGCUAUCCUCCAAGGUUGAACUCAUUUGAGAAAAUGACGAUGAAUUUCGGAGAUAAAAUUUCCACAACAUGCAUUGCUGAGGGUGAUCCGUUGCCAGAGGUCUACUGGUAUAAGGAUAAUUACCCAGUUGAUGUUGUGAAUAGUGAUAAUAGUGUAAGCGUCGACGUUGUACAGACAAAUGAGCACGUUGUGCAGGCGAUUUUGGAAAUAGACAAUCUCAUUUUGUUGGAUACUGGUGAUUACGUUUGCAAAGCAAAAAAUUCCCUUGGAAUUGCACAAUCGACAUUGCCACUUAGAGUCAGAAAACCAGAAUUGGCUAAUCGAGAGGAAGAACAUGUAAUGGAUACAAGAGACUUCGAACCAUGUGAUCCUCAUGAAAAUCACUGUUUCAAUGAUGGCCAGUGCUUUUUCAAAAAGUCUAAUCCUUCUAACAGACGCUGCAGCUGCCAAGAAGGACAAAAGCGAAAGAUAUUAACUGAAAACGGAAUUCUCUAUAAAUCUCAAGUGAUGCUUCAAUUCCACCUAUUUUCUCAUCAACAGUAUGUCCAAGUUAAUACAAUCGAACCGCCACCUCCACCAAUCAAAUCACAGAAUUCCAAAAGGGCAGUUUCCCUCUCGAAAUCUCAAUAUUUCUCCGUCAUUCCUCAAACUCCUCAUUAUUCUCACUUGGGAAAUGAGUUCACCUUUGAUACUUAUGGUUUAAUCGGUAACGGAAUACUACCCUCUGACUCACCACAAACAUGUCGAACUCGAAUAACAACUCUUCCCCAAUCACAAAGAGCCAGCUAUUCUAUUGGUUUACUUGAGCCAAUCGUCGAACGCGAGCCCGAUUCUCCACCAAUCAAACAGAAGCAAGGUGAUGAGUAUGUUUAG